CGGAAGUUGCGCCCUCAUUCCUCGCCAUUUCAAAAAUGCUGCUGGGGGUUUAGGACCUGCGACUGCCACUUCUCCCCCCCGGGCUCCGAGGGGGAGCGACUCAUGGAGCGACCAUAAGUUUUAUCAACAGACUGCAGUUUCUUCAGUCAAAAUGACAUCAUAUUCCACCUCUGCCCAGUGUUCAACAUCUGAUAGUGCUUGCAGGAUCUCUCCAGAACGAGUCAAUAAGGUACGACCAAAAUUGCCACUUUUGAAGAUUUUGCAGGCAGCAGGUGCAGAAGGUGAAAUGUUCACUGUUAAAGAGGUAAUGCACUAUCUAGGCCAGUAUAUAAUGGUGAAGCAGCUUUAUGAUCAACAGGAGCAGCAUAUGGUUUAUUGUGGUGGAGAUCUUUUGGGAGAACUACUGGGACGUCAGAGCUUCUCCGUGAAAGAUCCAAGCCCUCUCUAUGAUAUGCUAAGAAAGAAUCUUGUCACUUUAACCACUGCUACUACAGAUGCUGCUCAGACUCUCGCUCUCGCACAGGAUCACAGUUUGGAUAUUCCAAGUCAAGACCAACCGAAGCAAAGUGCAGAGGAAAGUUCUAAUUCCAGGAAAAGAAUUGAAGAGGGUGAUAUUCCCGCACUGCCUACCUCAGAGCAUAAAUGCAGAAAUUCUAGAGAAGAUGAAGACUUGAUAAAUUUAAGCCAAGAUGAGACAUCUAGGUUGGACCUUGGGUUUGAGGAGUGGGAUGUAGCUGGCCUGCCUUGGUGGUUUUUAGGAAACUUGAGAAACAACUAUACACCUAGAAGUAAUGGCUCAACUGAUUUACAGACAAAUCAGGAUAUAGGUACUGCCAUUGUUUCAGAUACUACAGAUGAUUUGUGGUUUUUAAAUGAGUCAGUUUCAGAGCAGUUAGGUGUUGGAAUAAAAGUUGAAGCUGCUGAUACUGAACAAGCAAGUGAAGAAGUAGGGAAAGUGAGUGACAAAAAGGUGAUUGAAGUGGGGAAAAAUGAUGACCUUGAGGACUCUAAGUCCUUAAGUGAUGAUACUGAUAUAGAAGUUACCUCUGAGGAUGAGUGGCAGUGUACUGAAUGCAAGAAAUUUAAUUCUCCAAGCAAGAGGUACUGUUUCCGUUGCUGGGCCUUGAGGAAGGAUUGGUAUUCAGAUUGUUCUAAAUUAACACAUUCUCUCUCCACAUCUGACAUCACUGCCGUGCCUGAAAAGAAGGAAAGUGAAGGAAUUGAUGUCCCUGAUUGCCGAAGAACUGUUUCAGCUCCAGUUGUUAGACCUAAAGAUGUAUCUAUAAAGGAAGGAAAUUCUAAACUUUUAAAUCCCUGCAACUCAGUGGAAUUCUUGGAUUUGGCUCACAGUUCUGAAAGCCAAGAGACCAUCUCAAGUAUGGGAGAGCAAUCAGAUAACGUCUCUGAGCAGAGAACAGAUGUAGAAAAUAUGGAGGAUUGCCAGAAUAUCUUGAAGCCAUGUAGCUUGUGUGAGAAAAGACCACGAGACGGGAAUAUUAUUCAUGGAAGGACAAGCCAUCUUACGACUUGUUUUCCCUGUGCCAGAAGACUAAAGAAGGCUGGGGCUUCAUGUCCUAUUUGCAAGAAAGAGAUUCAAUUAGUUAUUAAGGUUUUUAUAGCAUAGUUGAAUCAAUUGCAAAGAAAUAUUAAUUAGGAGCACCAGGUCACGUAUGGAAACAUCAGUGUUGACUAUCUCUACUAAGUGUAACCCAUUUUAUAUGUUCAUUUGUACAUGUAAACAUCUGUGUUUUGGAUUGUUUUUGCUUUGAAGCUUAUAUGGAACUUAAGACUAUUUUAGAGCUAGAUGAUCAGUUUGGGGGCUUCAUUAAUGUGAAAAGAUACAUAAAAGUCACUCAAUUCUCCCUCCAAAGAUGAAGAUCUGGGAGGGAACAGUUACCAGUAUAAACAUAAAUAUUCAUUCAUUCAUGUAUCAGAUUAUUUGAAGAUUAACCCUUUUUAAAAUUUUAUUCCCUAGCCUUCUAUUUAAUGUUGUUCUGGAGUCAAAAUUCAAGGUAGUUAUUAGAAAAAUACUAGGAUUAACGAUGAAAAAAACAAAUAAUCUGAUUAGUUAA